CGGUCAGCGAUUGGCCAGCACGGCGCGGGACGGACAUUUCGGGCGCGGCGGGGACGCACGACUCGUGGGCGCUGGCCCGGUGCCCCGGCGCGCGGGUUCCUGGUCCUGGCACGCGAUGGCGUCGGGCGGUGGACGCUGGCUGCGCGGCCUGUGGGCAGCGGGGCAGCCACUGUUCCAAGGCCGUGCGCUGCUCGUCACCAACACGCUGGGCUGCGGCGUUCUUAUGGCGACCGGGGACGGCGUGCGCCAGUCCUGGGAGAUCCGCUCGCGGCCCGGCCAGAAGUUCGACUCGCGGCGUUCAGCGAGCAUGUUUGCGGUGGGCUGCAGCAUGGGCCCCUUCCUGCACUACUGGUACCUCUGGCUGGACCACCUGCUCCCUGCGUCUGGCCUCCGUGGCCUUCCAAACAUCCUCAGGAAGGUCCUUGUGGACCAGCUGGUGGCCUCUCCCAUGCUGGGUGUCUGGUACUUCUUGGGUCUUGGCUGCCUAGAGGGCCAGACCCUGGACCAGAGCUGCCAGGAGCUUCGGGACAAAUUCUGGGAAUUCUACAAGGCUGACUGGUGCGUGUGGCCCGCUGCGCAGCUGGUGAACUUCCUCUUCGUGCCCCCCCAAUUCCGAGUCACCUACAUCAACGGCCUGACACUGGGCUGGGACACAUACCUCUCCUACCUGAAGUACCGGUCCCUGCCACAUCUUUCCAGUGAGGCUGACCCCAGCCCCCAGACAGGUGGAGGAGGGCUCCAUGAAGAGGAGCCUGAAGGACCAAUGCAGCAUGUGGCCAGACCCUCUUGUGAGGACAGAUCCCAGGUGCCCUAACGCCACCUGGCUGAGUGCCCCUGGGCAACAUGCAGACUGAGCUACCCUGCCUCCCAACUGGAUGCCAGACUGGGCAAGACUGACUUCCAGCUGACCACCAGCCUGGGCAGUAAGGAGAAUGGGCUCCUGAAGCAGGCCAGGCUAGGGUCCUGGGCCAAGUCCCAGCCCCACCCCCAUUCGUGGGCAUCUGGCUGGGAUACCUCUUCCAGGCCUCAAUUUCCCCAUCUGGAACAAAGCCAUGAAGCUGGGUAGUCAUCCCCCAGCCCUGCUCACCCAGAGCCUCAGGGACCAGGAUGUCCCAUCCUCAGCACUGGGCCCCAGCUACCCAGCCAGUCCCAAGCCCCAACCCCUCAGCACUACUGUGGACUGGGCUCUGGGCCCUGGAACCAAGGUGGGGACAUCGCCCAUCCCCUCGGAGCAGGGCCUGGCCUGGAGUUGGCCCCCAGGAUCUGGAGCCUCAGGCAGGGCUAGGCAGCGCCAGUGUCAUGCUCUGGUCACGAACUGUGGAAACGAUUAAAUUCCAUCUGUAAUUGAAA